UUGGUACAUGGCUACUGAUUACUAAACUAAAAGAGACAAAUGAUGAUAAGGUGAUUGAUGGGGUAAUUAGUGUGGGCAUGGUAUUACGAGAUUUGAUGUAUAUUAAUCAUCAAAAUUUAAUUGAAUUAUUAAUCAAAUAUAUUUCAUUCAUUAGUUUAUACAGCAUAUUUAAAUUACAUACAGCUGGACUAGUAUUAAUACAUGAAAUAUUGUCCAAUUCUUCAAAUAUGAAAGAAACAGUUUGUGAAUAUUUCAUUACAUCAUUAGUCUCCUCCUCCUCUCAUGAAUUACCAGCUGGUAUUAUUAGAGUAUUACUAUCUCUUUCCUUCAUUCAGUAUAAUGAGUAUAAUAAUGAUAAUGGACUCAACUCCACUGCUCAAUGUAGUAACAAUAUUCUAAUGGAAACUGUUCAAAGAGAUGUCCAUUCUUCAUCUGAUCCAGUUAUUAUUAAUAUAAUAGUUAGUGUCUGUAAUGAACUCGGUCUCUCAUUGCAGCUGUUUCUUGAUGGCCUCCUUUCCUCUAUCAUCUCACAUCCGCCAUUUUGUAACGCGAGAGAAAUGCUGACUAGACAGAAUGAGGUGACUUUGUCAUGUAUUGAAGAAGGAAAGUCAAAAUUACUGAGCAAAGUAAACAAUUUAUCACUUUAUUAAUCCUCUCUCU